AUGCCCGCAGACGCCGCCCAAGAGCAAGGAUGCAUUGCCACAACGUUUGAAAGAAAGUACCAUCAUCUUGGAAGCGUCUUCAUCAAGAGGAGUCUACGCCCCAGUGAGUUCCGCACUGGAUAUCGCGGACUACAUGUGCCUCGCCUCAGGAAAGAACGUCUCUUGAACGAAGCCGAAGCCCUGCAGUUCGUUCGACAGCACACUGACAUUCCGGUCCCGGCUGUGAAUUGUCACUUUGAAGAUGAUGGGGCAUACUACCUAAUCACGGAAUAUGUUGAAGGCGUGAGCAUGUCUGAACUCUCAGAGGAACACAAGGUUGUCGUACGGCAGGAGCUCGAGCUCCAUCGAGCCAAACUGAAGACGUUAAAGUCCAGCCGUCUUGGUGGACCGUCGGGACUUGUGAUUCCGCCAUAUCGAGUUUUACGUCGUGCCGAGACAGAUUACUGGAAUCUGCGGCCGACAAGCAACCAAGAAUACAUCUUUUGUCACAACGAUUUAUCGCAGCAAAACAUCAUCGUCAACCCGGACACGCUAAAAAUCAGAGCAAUUAUUGAUUGGGAAUACGCCGGCUUCUUCCCAGCUCGCUUCGACUACCCGUUCUAUCAAAGACUUGGUCCUUCGUCUGCUAUUCAUGGGGAAGUCGAUGACUAG